UACAAUCUUAAUAUCUAAUUAAGACAUUCACAGAUCAACAAAGAAGAUGUCGUCGAGCCAGCAAUUGAGACACGAAGCCGAAGAAGUCAGCGGUCAAGUUCAGCUGAAGAAGGAAGAGUACUUGAACAAUGUAUCACAUGCAAUGAACCAACAUGCUGAUCACCAUACUCACUCACAGUUACACUCAUCAUCAGAACAUGAUCAGAACAGCCCUUCCCUAAUUUCCCAGGCCUCUAGUGUCAUCCAACAGACUGGUGGCCAAGUUAAGAACAUGGCACAGGGAGCAGCCGACGCUGUGAAGAACACUCUCGGGAUGAGUCCCACGGCCACAAACAGCCCUAGCAAACCCGGCUCCAAGAAUAUUUAAGAGGAUUGGAUCCUAUAUUCUCCAAUACCAAGACAAAAAUAUUGUUUUAUGAUUUUCUUUUUUCGUUCAAAUUUCUGAAUUUUGGGUAUAUUAUUGUACGUUGGAGACAUGUUUACAUGUCAACCCCUAGUGAGGGUUUUUAUAUUUUAAACUAGUCAUAUAUAUAAUAAAAUUA